UUUUAGGUACACCAUAGGUUAAUGCAAUUGCUGAAAAGUAGGUUUUUAUAUAAACGACUACAGUGUCGAUUAAAUCACUACUACUACUAUAUGGAAGGUAUCAAAACAAAAAUCUGUUGGCAGAGGGCAGAUAUUACCAAGUUGAAAGUUGAUGCCAUUGUUAAUGCUGCAAACAACACUCUUCUGGGCGGCGGUGGGGUAGAUGGGGCAAUACACAGAGCAGCUGGUAAGCAGCUGGUGAAGGAGUGCAAAGACCUUGGCGGUUGUCGCACAGGAGAGGCAAAAAUCACUGGAGGUUAUAACCUCCCUUCUAAAUACGUCAUCCACACAGUAGGGCCAAUAGGGGAAAACGGAACUGCUUUGCAUGCUUGUUACACCAACUCUUUGGAACUUCUUUAUCAAAAUGGUUUGAAAUCCAUUGCAUUUCCGUGCAUCUCAACUGGUAUAUAUGGUUACCCGAAUGAUACAGCUGCAGAAGUAGCACUGUCUGCUGUGCAAACCUGGCUAACUCAACAUCCAAAUGCUAUUGAUACAGUGCUCUUCUGCUUGUUCCUGGAUGUGGAUGUUGUCAUCUAUACCGAUCUUUUAAAGGAGUUUUUUAAAGGGAUGAAAGAUUUUGAAGGAAAAGUUGAAGUAGUUGUGACAAAGCCUAAAAAUAAAAAUCCAGACAAAAAUAAGACGUCAAUUUGUUCAACUUUUUUUUCACCUAGCACCUCGCAAGGUACACCUGUGGAUGUCCAAGAAACACACAAGUACAAGCAAAGAUCUAGCAGUAUAGGUGUGGUGGAUGAACCUAAAAAGAACCAGCGUUUUCCGUCGUCACACAAACACAAAGAUGGCAAUGAACAGAAAGCAAAAAGACCGAACAUGGAAACAAAAAAAUCUAAGGAAAAUCGUGCCGAUAAAAAUGUUUCUAAAGGGAAAGUUGGUAACGAACAAAAAGCAAAGAAACAGAACUUCGAAAUGAAGAAAUCCAAGGAAAGUUGUGAUGAAGAUGUUCCUGUUAAAGAUUAUGUUACAGAAGAAAAGCAUGCCAAAGAAAAGGUUGCUAGUGAAGCUAAGGAAAAUUUGAAGGCUAAAAAUGGUGAAGAUAAGAUUUCUAAAUCACAAGAAAUCGCUGUGAAUAAAGCCAAUGCUGAAGUAUCAUCCGGUUGUGGUAAAAAGCAAGAAAAUGGCGCUAAUAAGACGGAAAAGAUGGAAAUGGAAGUCAGUGAUGCCAUGAAAAAAAAUGGGGAAGAAGUAAAAAACGAAACUGUUGUUAAAGCCAAUGCUGAAGUAUCUUCUGAUAGUGAAAAAAGGCAAGAAAAAGGCGAAAGUAAUAAAAUGGAAGUCAGUGAUACAGUACAAGAAAAAGAUGAAGGGCCACAACCAAAAAAGGAUCCAGCUGCUAAAACUGGGGACAAAGGAAAAAAAGAUGAUGAAGUAUCAUCUGUUUGUGAUAAAGGGCAAGAAAAGGGCGCUAGUGAUGAGAUGGAGGUCAAUGAUGCAGUGCAAGAAAAUGAUGAAGGGCCACAACAAGAAAAGGGUCCACUUAUUGAAACUGGGAACAAAAAAAAGAAAGAAACAGAUAAGGUGCAGCAUGAUGAAUUGAUGCCUGCUGAUGAAGCUGAGGACAAGGUGCAUGAAAGUGACAAAAAAUAAUAUGAAUAUCCAGCAAUGCAAAAUUUAAGGCCGGCAAAACCAAUUUAUCAGUAGGUCAUAUAUUCAUAUUCAUGUUUUAGUAAUUUCUGUUUUAUUACAUUUUUUUUAACUUUACUUGCCUACUAGUCUCUAAAAUUGAAUUCAUAAUUAUUAACUUAAUUUAAAAUGACUUGACAAACAUUCUCUAAUUUGAAUUUGAGUGUUUCUAUAUUAUUAUUAUGUUUGUACAAUGUACACGUGGCGCUUUUUUUUUAAAUUAAAAAUUUGUUGGAUUACAAACACAGUUGUAAUAUUUAAUUCUUUGUUUCAGGAGAGUUUAAUUAUUUCUCAUUAUACUAAGGUACAUAUUUACAAUGUAAAAUAUGGGUUUAGGUAAAGGGGGGGUUAUGUAAACCCUUAUUUCGGCCCUCCCUAAGUGCUUUUGUAGUCUCCCCCUUAACUUUUCUGACUGUUCCACUGCUGAUAGCUAAGUGUAAAGCUGUUGGAUGUUUAUAUAUUUUAUGGCCGUUUCCAUUUUGUUUUAUAAUUAUGUAAGUUAAAAUUCAUUAUAAGGCAAUCGUUAAAAACUUUUUAUUUUUAUUGUCUUUAAAUGACUAUGUUUGUCAUUAUUGACACUGUAUCUUGUAAUGUAUUAAAAUUUAAUAACGAGUUCAGAUGUUCAUCUAAAUUAUAGCCUAUUAAUAUUCUGUAAAUUUUUUUAUAUAGUAGGAUGGGGGAAGAUGGGACAACUUUUCAAUCUAUUUUCUCCUCCAAUUUAGUAGUAAACAAACAUUCAACGAUUUUUUAUAAAACUUUAUCCUCACGGCUCCCAUAGAUCGUUGUUAAUUGUUUAAAACACGAUCAGGAUAUUUGGUUAUUAUGUGUGAAAGGUGUCCCAUCUCCCCCCACCCUACUAUACAUUGUGUGCCUUUUGCGAAUUCUUUUAAGUUCAAUGCAAAAUUAACAUGUCAUUUGUUGACUUGUUGUAAAGAUACAAAUGAUAAAGAAAGCCAAUUUUUUUUGUCUUCAAUAUAUAAUUGUAAUGUUGAUUGAGAAAUUGUGCAAACCAUAUGAAAUUUUCUGAACCAAAAAUAUAUUAUAUAUCAAAACUAAA